UCGCGAGACUCCGUAGAAUUUCAGGAGCUUGUGUGCUCUCUGCUCCCUGCUCCCCUUCGCUCCGUUGGAAAAAGAAGAAAAUAGACCUAUUGCUGCUAACCAGGCUAGUUAUGGAACCAAUCCUAAAUACCACUUUUGCCCUCUGUGACUGACCUUGCUUUGCAAGAGGUGCAGCGUCUCUACCUGGGAAAAAACACGAAUCAUUUGGAUUUUCGGACUGGCUUUUUUUUAAAGUUAAGUUAAAGACGCGUUUCAGGAUUUCAUUACCUAGCCUAUCUGCGAGUCAGCUAACUGGGCUAACCAUAGCAAAAGAGCAGUGGAUGAACUUCGUAUGGACUGACUGCUGGGACUGGGAGAAAAGACUGCCGCGACUGGGAGAAAAGGCUGCUGUCUGCAUGCAAGCUUUCUUUUGGGUUGGGUCAUUCACAUGGGAUUCUGUAACUUGUUACUUAAUGGACACUAUCUCCUCGGAGCUUGAAGGUGAUAGCUGUGUGCAAAUGUUGUUUUUGUGGCGUACGCCAUUACGUUAUUGAUUUGGAAACCCGCUACCAAGCUAACAGGAUAUUAGCCACCUUUCUCAAUACUCCGCUUUGUGGUUGCAGGCCAUGGAUUGAAAAACAUUCAUCACUGACUGAGUGAUGAAAAGGCUGGCUUGAUGGCAGGUCAUUAUUUAUUGGGAAGCAGCGAUUGUAUACAACUAAACAGCCAAAAGAAGCGUUUGAUUUGAACCUUGUCAACGAAUAACUCAAUUUCUGUCUGGUCUUUGUACUUGAAAAUGCAUCGGAGUGCUGGAGCUUUUUCGAAGUUGGGAUAGAAGGGACGCACAAGAAAACAGCGGGAUAACGCCACUUUUGAUCAAAUCCUCCAGAGAAAUUACUCUAGAUAGUUUAAAAAGAGGUAAAAUAUAAUGUCUGCCGCAAAAGAAAACCCCUGUAGGAAAUUCCAGGCUAACUUCUUCAACAAAAGUAAAUGUCAGAACUGCUUCAAACCACGAGAGUUGCAUCUAUUAACGGACCAGGACCUGACCCAGGCUAAACCUAUUUAUGGUGGAUGGCUAUGCUUGGCCCCUGAGGGAACUGACUUUGACAAUCCUAUGCAGAGAUCCCGGAAAUGGCAACGGCGAUUCUUUGUGUUGUACGAACAUGGCUGUCUGCGUUUUGCACUGGAUGAAUCGCCAAGCACACUGCCUCAGGGCACAGUGAACAUGAACCACUGUACAGAUGUCAUAGACGCAGAGCCCAAGACGGGUCAGAAGAACUCCCUGUGCAUCAUCACCCCGGACCAGGAGUACUUUAUCAGAGGAGAGAAUAAAGAGAUAAUCAAUGGGUGGAGUGAACAGCUAGUGGUAUACCCCCGAACCAACAAACAGAACCAGAAGAAGAAACGCAAGGUGGAGCCUACGACCUCCCAGGAACCAGGUCCAGCCAAGGUAGCAGUGACCGGCUCUGGUAUCCCAGAGGCGGAGAUGGUUCCAGAUUCAAGCUCCAUUAUCUGGCAGGAAGAGCUGAACCAGAGAGAGGCUGAGGGAGCUGCUGUCUGGACUCCUGCUGACCUGCCUCCAGGAUCACCGCUGGGCCCCGCAGGUGACUGUGCACCACAGGGCUCUGAUGCCGGCUCAGUGAAUGGCGACGAGGUUGACCGGGGAUGCCUGGUGCUACAUGUCUCUGCGCCCCAGCCCCCCAGUGACCUGCUCUCCCCGACAGGCUCAUGCUCCAGCCUGGGAGGCGUCCCGCGCUGCCUCUCCCCAACCCCCAGUGACCCCUUCCCUUCAGGCAGCUCCCUGCUCUCUAACGGCUCCCACAUCAGUGGCUCAGUCAGCUCUCUGGAUUCGGACGCCAGUGGCAGCACCGACAGCCACCCGGCCAACCAGAGGGGCAGCCACUCCUACAGCCACCACGACACGCCUCGAUCCCGAAGGAUGGAGGCUGAGGCCAGAAAGGCUGAGAAGAGGAGCCGGUUUAAGAGCCCUGACAGGCAGGAGAGGGAGGCCGUCCUCAGCCCUGAGAGGAGUCGCUCCGGUGUUAUUGAGAAGUUGGAGGCCUUGGAUCUGGAGAAUCCAGAGAAAAUGGAGGUGGAGGACUUGGGGAUAAGUGGAGCCAGACAGGGCCGUAGUGAGCACAGGCGCUUUCACAAAGAGGAGCAGAGGCAUGACAUGGGUCAGGGUCUGGAUUUUCCCUCCACCCUGCCACCUCUGAGGAGAACCAAGUCCCUGGACAGAAGGACCACUGAGUCCGUCAUGACGCCGGAUUUACUGAACUUCAAGAAAGGUUGGAUGGUAAAGCUGGAUGAGCAAAGCCAGUGGAAGAAAUAUUGGUUUGUUUUGACUGAUCACAGCCUGAGAUACUACAAGGAUUCCAUUGCAGAGGAGGCCUCUGACCUGGAUGGUGAGAUUGACCUGUCUACUUGCUACAAUGUAACUGAAUACCAGGCUCAACGCAACUAUGGUUUCCAAAUACAUACCCAGGAGGGAGUGCACACUCUGUCGGCCAUGACAGCAGGAAUACGUAGGAACUGGAUCCAAGCAGUCAUGAAGAACGUCAGACCCUCCACGGCCCCUGAUGUGGCAAGCUCAACUGAGGAUCAUGGCUCCUCUCCUUUAGAUGGUCUGGUUAGGCCAGACAUCACCCAGGACUUUCUCUGUUCUGAGGCCUCAUCUGUGGAGAGAGAAUCCACUCCAGGUAUCAUAAAGAGCCGGGCACGUGACCGCAGAAGAGAAGGCCGCUCUAAGACCUUCGACUGGGCAGAGUUUAGACCCAUUGCUCAGGCUCUGGCUCAGCAGCGGGCUCAAGAGGCCGAGAGUCUCCAGCUAGACCUGGGAGAGCUGGAGCGCAGUCGGAGAAGAGAGGAGAGGCGGAAGAGGUAUGAGUCUGUGACUAGCUCACCAGUGGAGCAAACUUCCGUUAAAGAAGUAGGGAGGACAGACUGUGAGAGUGGAGAGGGAGUCGUCGAACAAACCGAUUCAUUAGCUCCCACGUCUUUGGAGAGGCAGCAGAGGGUGGAGGAGGUGAUUGAACAACACUGGCAACAGGUUGAGAAGACACCCAUACGGGAGGAGAGGAGGGUGCCUCUGCCCGCCACAGUGCAACCCAGAGAGGCUGUUGAGCUGGACCAGCUACUGGAGAAUUACAAACAAGGGAUAGAGGACCUGAAGGCACAGUUGGAGAGCUGUCACCAGCAGCUCCUUGACUCAAACAAGCACAAGCAGGAUCUGGAGCUCCAGCUGAGAAUGGCUCUUGAAAGAGAGCAGGGCAUCCGGACAGGUUACAUUUCUCCGCUGGAGCACCCUUUGGGUCUGGAGGCUGAUGUGACGCCCCAGACGAAGAGGCCCGAACUGGUUAGUUCUCAAGCACAGAGUUUAACAAAGAAGUACCAGGAGACCAAAGAGCUCCUAAAGCUGCAAGAGCUGAAAAAGCGCAAUAUGCAGGCACAGCUUGGCCUUUCGCUUUCUCACCUCCCCGUCAAGGAACCUUACUUUUCUGAACCCCCAAAUCUAUCCAUUCCGGAAAACCCUCCCACUGAACUUGUCCAAAAAACUGUUAGCUUCCUGCUCCAGGACAGUACAGAGUCAAUUCAAGAACUUGAAGACUUGAUAGCUGGUCAACCUCUGUCCCUAAAGGAGCUUGCAAAAUUAUUGAAAUUCCAUAGUUAUAAUGAAGAGAGAGCAGAGAAACAUCAACUUCAGAAGCUCUUGGAGACCUGGAAUUACCAGCAAGAGAUAGAAAAUGAAACAUUAAAAAAGAGUUUAGCCAGGGCAGGAGAAAGCAUCCAUGAGUACAAAGCCCGUCUUCUAACCAUGGAGGAUUUGGUGGGGAAGGUUCAGAAGCAAAGUUGUGAAAGCCUAAAAAGCCCCUACGGCACGCUUUCAGAAAUUGAAAACCAUUCAGAGACGAAUGAGGUGACAACUGCAAUGCUCUCUCACAGGGUUAAACUUUUAACUAGUGAAAAUGGGGCAUUGAAGCAACGUUGUCAGGAGAUAGUGAAUCAACUGACUGAGGCUGACAGAGAAAUUGACAGACUAAAAGUUGAGCUGAUCAGCCAGCAGGGCGGAAAACAGCAUCACCUGGUCAUGGAAGAGAUGAAAAUAAUGAAGGCUGAGCUGGCUGAAAACGAGGCAAACGCUAUAGACAGGGAGUAUUACGAGAGGGAGCUGAAUGAGAAAUCCUUGAGGCUUCAUGAAGCUCUGAUUACAUUAGAGGAGCUUGGUAACAGCCUAAAAGAUACUGAGAAGAAGCUGCAGUUGAAAGAGGCCACACUGAAAGGUCUAGGCUUUCACACAGAUUAUGAGGACAAGGAGUUACACCCAGAUAAAGAGCAACUAAAAGAGCUACUUGAAGCCUCACAAGCAAAAUUAUUUGAGAUGGAGGCAAACCUACGGUCUACAGAGCAGCGCUGUUUGGAACUAGAACUCAAGAACAGUGAACGUAUCACACUUAACCAGGAAUCUGAGAAAGUCGGUAGAGAGAAGCUAAGAGAAGCAGAAAACAAAAUAAGAAAGCUACAAGAGAAGUUAGAAAUAAAGACAGCCAGUGUUGAAAAGACACUUAGUGAGUGUGUUGAGGCAGGAGAGAAGCAUGUUAAUGAUAAAGGACUUAUAAAGCAAGUAGUAGAAGAGAUUGAGAUGAGGUCUGAGGCAAUUAAUCAGGUUUUAGAGAUGUUGGCAAAGGUAGAUGUUAAUGUAGAGAAAACGCUCAGUGAUUUAAAAAGCACUUUAUUUGGUUAUUCGAAAGAAGAGCCACUCUGUGUGAGUCAGUCAGACAUGAGGUUGGUAAUCGAGGGAGAGUUCUGGAGCCAGCUGUUGGGUUCAUCUGAAAUCAGAACCGAGGAAAACAGACACAGCUGUGAAAGACGUGUGGCACAACAGAUGAUGGCACAGAAGCACUUGAUGCUCUUGAUUAAGAGAACUUGUUCACAAGCAAAAGUUGAGAGAGAGGUUGUGACAGAGCAAGAUUUUGCAGCCAUGUACAGAUGGCUUGAUAACGAAACAAAUGAUCUCAUUCUUAAAGAGUUAACUGAGACCUUGGAAGCAAGAUCAAAUGGUUUGAAGCAGAUUGCAUCCAGUGUGAACUUGGCCAAAGAUGACCAACUUGUGUCUUUGGCUCUAACGAGCUUUGAUUUUGGUCAAGAACUGAAACAGUCCUCUGAACAUCUGUUUGAUGCCCUUAAAGAAGCCUACAUGUCUUAUGUGAUCACUAGGCUGAAAGUCCAACAUGAGAAAGAAUUAAAGCAAAAACAGAUAGAAGUUCAGAUUGGUAGCUUGGAUUGUUCAAAUUGUCCUAAAUUGAGAGAAGCCACCAGAGAUCUUGAGUCCAAACUGUCAGAUCUUCAGAAUCAACUAUCUGAGACUUCUUUGAAAACUGCCACAGGGCCAAAAACUUUGAUCCAGUUCGAUGGGGAGCCCAUAGACUCAUUGGAUAAAUGCACUGAGAAUGACAUGAUAGCCAGGCAUAGGAAGGAGCUACGAGAGGUCAAAGACAGCUACGAGCAGGAAGCUGAAAAGUUGAGGCAGGAAAUCGCUAAGGCCAGUGAAACACUGCGUGUCUGUUCAGAAGAAAAUGUGAAAGAGAUCGACUUGCUGACGAACUGCGUGGAGAAUCUGAAGAAGAAGCACGAGAUGGAGAGGACAAACCUCAUGGAGAGGUUUGACCGGGAAAUGGAAGAGCUGAGAAGCAUGAUGAGUCCGGCAAACCCUGACGAGGACAGACCAGUGCAUCAUGCCUUGGCCCAAACAUCCACCCUGAAGGAGCGCAUUCAAGAGCUGGUCAUCCAAGUCUCAGUCAUGACCCAAGAGAUGAGACGGCGCGAAGAGCAGGGAGAUAUUACGACUCUACGGCUGAAAUACGAGAAAGACCUGGAAAACCUGAAGGCCACCUGUGAGAGGGGCUUUGCUGCCAUGGAGGAGUCCCAUCAGAAGGUGAUAGAUGAGCUGCAGAGGAAACACCAGAGAGAGCUGGAGAACCUGCAGGAUGAGAAAGAGCGACUGCUGGCGGAGGAAACAGCAGCCACCAUUGCUGCAAUUGAAGCGAUGAAAAAUGCCCACCGAACAGAGUUGGAGAAAGAGCUGGACAAGGCUCGCAAGGCCAACAACAACACAGAAAAUGCAGAUAUAGAGGAGAUUCACAGACAGCAUGAGGAGGAGCUAUGUUCAUUCCAGCGAGAGAUUGAGGUGUUGUCGGAGCAGUAUUCCCAGAAAUGCCUAGAAAACGCCCACCUGGCCCAGGCGCUAGAAGCCGAGAGACAGGCUCUCAGGCAGUGUCAGAGAGAGAACCAAGAGCUCAAUGCACACAACCAGGAGCUGAACAACCGUCUCGCAGCAGAGAUCACCAAGAUGCGCUCCAUGACAUCAGAGGAUGGUGUAGGAGACACAAACACCACAAUACAAGGAAAAGAGCUCUAUGAGUUAGAAGUGAUGCUGAGGGUAAAGGAGUCAGAGGUCCAGUACCUGAAGCAGGAAAUCAACUCCCUGAAAGAUGAACUCCAAGCUGCCCAAAGAGACAAGAAAUAUGCAGCAGAUAAGUACAAGGACAUCUACACAGAGCUGAGCAUCGUAAAGGCCAAAGCAGAGCGAGAUCUGAGCCGGCUCAAGGACCAGCUGCAGCUGGCUCAUGAGGCACUUGGGGAGCCGUCGCUGGAGGAGGUGGAGCGAGGAGGAUAUGAUAUCAUGAAGUCAAAAAGCAACCCUGACAUCCUCAAGAUGGCAGCUGCUGCAGCCAAACGCUCAGAGCGCACCAUGAGGUCAAAGUCUGUGAUUCGAGACAUGCCCUGGGACAGUUAGGGCUGCUGAAGACGUGUAGGCCUCCUUCCCCUUCUCCUUUAGAGUCUGAAGGAAGGGCUGACAGCUGAGCAGAGACUCCACCUGUUUGAAAAUAAAGACACUAAGGAGUUUUGACAGCAACAGCAUCAUGUCUACUUAACUUGCUGCAUGUUUAGAAGCCCACUAUAUUUUAUCUCUGCAAAUACCUACGUAGUAACACUACACACUGGUCACAAAACACAGAUCAUAUAUUAUUAAAAAAACAUGGUAUGAAGUUUGAAUUCCAUGUCAAGAUAUUGCAUUCCAUGCACUUCAGUUAACUGUGACAUUUUUUGUAUUUUUUUUGCUGCCAUGUCUUACUGUAAAUACUGUUUUUAAUUGAGCAUUUGUCAUGCAUACACUAAAACUAUGACUGUGUAAGCUACUGUUUUAACUCCCUAGACUGUUGCUAGCUCAAAGCAUACAUGUGAUGUUUAAAGGCUACAUAUUGAUGAGUAAUACUUGCAUAACAAAA